AUUGCUCCACGAAGUAAGCGAAGUCACUAGAAAACGGCAGAGUUCCAUACCAAGUAGAAAACAGCAACCACCACCAAAAAAAAAAAAAAAAAACUCACCCGCAAAAAAAAUGGCAGCGGCAAUGGGAGCUUGCCUGAAUCAUGUGUCCAGGGAAUCCACUGACAUUAAACGCCUUGCUCAGUUCUACAUAGAGGUAUUUGGUUUUGAGCAAGUGAAGAGUCCAAAAUUUGAAUUUGAAGUUAUAUGGUUGAAGUUGGGUUCAUCCUUUUAUCUUCACCUCAUAGAUAGGGAUCCCAAUACUAAACUUCCAGAAGGACCGUGGAGUGCCACAUCAGCAUUGGCAGACCCCAAGAAUCUCCCCAGAGGUCACCAUAUCUGCUUCUCUGUGUCCAAUUUCGACUCCUUUAUUCAGAGCCUUAAGGAAAAAGGAAUUGACGUAUAUGAGAGGGCGCACCCAGAUGGAAAGACCAAGCAGGCAUUUUUCUUUGAUCCAGAUGGGAAUGGAUUGGAGGUCUCUGGCUAGAGCUCCGUUCAAUAAAUUUGGUGCCCUUCUAAAUGCACAUGCUUCUGUGUGGUGUAAUGCAACCAUUGAAGCUCAUUGGUUGUUACGUAGUACAUGUUGAACGGCAAACUACUCUAUUUAGGGAUAUAUGAAUUCCUAUUUUGGUGUCUUUUGGUCAUGAAAUUUGCUGUACCAUAGUUUAUGUUCAGGAAAGAAAUAUGUUGUAAUAAAUGGCCAUGGUUAAUCUAUAUCUGUAUUGUAGUAUGAAAUGGCUUUGGUAAGGUGGAGUAUUAAUAAGAAAGAUGUGUUAAAACUUUCAUUCA